AUGACAUGUAAUUGUCCUAGAGCUCCAGAUGCUGCUUGCAACAUGGAAGUGGACAAAGACUAUUCCAAGGAGGCCAUUCGAAUGGAAUCUUAUGCCAAGUUUCCCAGCAGCUGUCCAAUCUCUGCACCAACACUGGCACGCGCUGGCUUCUAUUACACUGGAAUCCAAGACAGAGUAGAGUGCUUCAGCUGUAAAGCAAUUGCUGAAGCCUGGCAGCACGGAGACACCGCCAUUGGAAGACAUCGGAAAAUCUCUCCAAAUUGCAAAUUCAUUAAUGCUUAUAGUUCAAGAAGUGAAGUAAUUCAAACCCAAGAACCCACAAUUCAAAAUUUAAAUCCCCACUUGGAAAUGAACUGUGCAUCCAGUGAUACUAACCACAAAGUAGACUCUGAGUUGCAAGCUGAUUUCUUAUUAAGAACAGGAAGAGUUGUUGAUGAGUCUGAGCCCAAAUACCCUAAAUAUUUAAAUAUGAGUAGUGAAGAUGCAAGAUUAAAAACAUUUAAGAACUGGCCAAGUUAUGUUCGUGUUACACCAAAGGAUUUGGCAAACGCAGGACUUUUUUACACCGGUAGUAAUGACCAAGUCAAGUGUUUCUGUUGUGGUGGAAAGCUAAUGAACUGGGAACCUGGGGAUAUAGCAUGGAAUGAGCAUCGUAGACAUUUCCCGGACUGCUUCUUUGUUCUGGGGAGGGAUGUUGGAAAUACACGAAGAGGUUCUGAGGUUCCUGAUCAUCCAGCAAUGAGCCAGUACAAAGCUCGAAUUGACAGCUUUGCUAACUGGACUUAUCCCAUCAAUAAGGAGACGCUCUCAAAAGCUGGUUUUUAUAGCACUGAUGAGCAAGAUGCAACAAGAUGCUUUUAUUGUGGAGGGGAGUUAAAAGAUUGGAACCCAAGGGAUGAUCCAUGGGAACUACAUGCAAGAUGGUACCCAGGAUGCAAGUUUCUAGUUGAUGAGAAGGGGCAGCAUUUCAUUAAUACUGUACAGCUAACCAAACCUCUACCAUCUAGGCUGGUGUGUCAAUUAAUGCAAAUGCAUCUCUCCCUAGACAGCGAAUUAAUGAAGAACCCUUUGGUUGUUAAUGCCCAGCAAAUGGGAUUUCAUCUUGAAGAAAUUAAGAAACUCAUGCUAAAGAAAAUAAAAAAUACAGGAACAAAUUACACAUUAAUGGAGGUUUUGGUACCUGAUUUAUUAAGUUCUCAGACUGAAAAUGGGAGUGUGAUGCCCAGUGACAUUGAGAACAGCAUUGAAGAAAAGCUCAGGAAGUUAGAGGAGGAAAAAAUCUGCAAAGUGUGUAUGGACAAGGCUGUGUCUGUGGUGUUCAUUCCCUGUGGCCACCUUGUUGUGUGCUCAGAUUGUGCUGAAGUUCUUGAUAAAUGUCCCAUUUGUUGUACUAUCAUACAAAGACGACAAAAAAUAUUUAUGGCCUAA